AUGGGAACGGAGCACGUGGUCCACAUGGCGUGGCUCGCGAGGGCGACCGACGCAUGUGCGAGGGGCGCGGCGCCGCCUGCGCGCAGGGGCGGUCAAGUGGUCCUCCCGCACCUGUGGAAGAGUGCCGGCAGCAGCACACCACCCGCCAUCGUCAUCAACGGGGGCUGCGCGAUGAAGCUUCCAGAGGCCCCGUGCUGGCCGGACGAGGCCACGACCUUCUUGCUCAUCGGGGGUCGCGACACUUUCCGCGGGAAGUUCAGCCCCGAGGGGUACGUCGCCGACGCUAAGGCGCGGGUGCCCGCCGGUAAUUUCUCCACGGCGCUGCUGUUCGUGAGCGAGAUGGAGAGCACAUGCCGCAGCCCGCCCUGCUGCGCGCGGUGCUGCGGCCUGCCAUCGGGGGCCUGCUGCUGUGGCAGGAGAGCGGCAGGGCGCCCGUCGACGACUUCCGGCUCAUUCUGGGGCUUCAGCGGCGUCUUGGCCUACACCAAGCGCGAGGGCAGGUGCAGGACGUCCCCUUCGGCACCAGGAGGUCGGCGCGUGCCGCGGCGCCCCGGAGCCCCACGCGGUCCCUGCGGCCGGGGUCGCUGGGCGGCGCGUGAGGCCGUACCGCCGCUCCCGUGGGUGUUGGUGGCGCCGCUCGAGGAAUUGGCCUCGCACGCAGUCGAGGCUGCCUGUUCCGUAGCUAGGUCGCAGCAGACCCAGGCCCCGGUUGUUGGGCUGGUCGGCACCGUCCUGGGCACGCCUGGGAUGGCCGCAUCCAGCGCUUCGGGGGGCCGUGCCCAGAGAGUGGCAUGA